AGCUAUCUUUCAGGGUCUAAAAAACAUAAAAGGUAGAAAAAAGCUCUGUUUUUAAUCUUUUCUUUCCACCAAAGAGAGAAUCUCCACUCCUUAAAAUGCAAUCGUCUCCAUGAAUUCAAUGCCUUUUUUCAUGCACCUGUGUUGCAGCUGGUGACUUGGGAACACCCACUUGCAUGAUCUCUCUCUGAAACUCCCUGCAAAUCCUCACGGCUCUAUGUUUGUGGAUGAUUUACUAUCUGUUUAUGGUGGGAGGUUUGAGUUUUUCAUGCCCAAGACGAUCUGAUUAAGAGUCUGAAGAUAACCCAAGGUUCUUGCCUCAAAUGCCCAGUCCUGUUUUGGGUUUUUGGUAGGAAUUUGUUGUAUUAGGGAAGGAGAAUAAGCAACUCGGAUCAAAGCCUCUCUCCAUCAAUGGUUUCAAGAUCUUAUUCGAACCUUUUAGACCUGGAGUCUGGCAAUUCCCCAACCUUCGGUCGUGUUGGGAAGAGGCUCCCAAGAGUUAUGACAGUGGCUGGGAUCAUCUCUGAACUCGACGAUGAUAAUUGCAACAGUGUUGGUUCUGAUGCCCCCUCUUCAGUCUCUCAGGAACGAAUGAUCAUCGUUGGAAAUCAGCUUCCGCUCCGUGUCCAUCGGAGGGCUGAUGACUCAGGGUGGAACUUCAGUUGGGACGAGGACUCAUUGCUCUUGCAGCUCAAAGAUGGUCUCGGAGAAGAUGUUGAAGUCAUCUACGUUGGUUGCCUGAAAGAGGAGAUUGACCCAAGUGAACAAGACGAUGUCUCCCAGACGCUGCUCGACACAUUCAAAUGCCUUCCAGCCUUUCUCCCUCCCGACCUCUUAAGCAAGUUCUAUCACGGUUUCUGUAAGCAGCAGCUUUGGCCACUCUUCCACUACAUGCUCCCACUCUCACCUGACCUAGGUGGGCGCUUUGAUCGGUCUCUCUGGCAAGCUUAUGUCUCUGUUAACAAGAUAUUUGCGGACAAGGUAAUGGAAGUGAUUAGCCCAGAUGACGAUUUUGUGUGGGUGCAUGACUACCAUUUGAUGGUUUUGCCGACCUUCUUGCGAAAGAGGUUUAACAGGGUGAAGCUCGGGUACUUCCUCCAUAGUCCAUUCCCCUCAUCCGAGAUCUACCGGACUCUUCCCGUUAGAGAUGAGCUUCUCCGAGCCCUCCUCAACGCCGACCUCAUCGGCUUCCAUACGUUCGAUUACGCCAGGCACUUCCUUUCAUGUUGUAGCAGAAUGCUUGGCCUUGCUUAUCAAUCUAAAAGGGGGUAUAUUGGGCUUGAUUACUAUGGACGCACUGUCAGCAUUAAAAUUCUCCCUGUGGGGAUUCACAUGGGCCAGCUUCAAUCAGUUCUGAAUCUUCCGGAAACUGAAUCUAGAGUUGCUGAGCUUAGGGAUCAGUUUCAGGGGCGGACGGUGUUGCUCGGGGUGGAUGACAUGGACAUAUUCAAAGGGAUCAGCUUGAAGCUGUUGGCGAUGGAGCAGUUGCUCAUACAACAUCCCGACUGGUUAGGGAAGGUUGUGUUGGUGCAGAUUGCAAAUCCUGCGAGGGGCCGAGGGAGGGACGUAGAAGAAGUGCAGUCUGAGACUUUUUCCAUGGUGAAGAGGAUAAACAAACAAUUCGGAAAGCCGGGCUAUGAGCCGGUUGUUUUGAUCGAUAGUCGACUUCAAUUCUAUGAGAGAAUUGCUUAUUACGUGAUCGCAGAGUGUUGUCUUGUUACAGCAGUGAGGGAUGGAAUGAACCUCAUACCUUACGAAUAUAUCAUCUGUCGACAAGGUAAUGAGAAGUUAGAUGAGACAUUGCAACUGAACCCGUCCGUGCUAAAGAAGAGCAUGCUUGUGGUUUCUGAGUUCAUAGGAUGUUCUCCGUCACUUAGUGGAGCCAUCCGUGUGAAUCCAUGGAAUAUUGAUUCUGUGGCGGAAGCAAUGGAUUCUGCUUUAGUAAUGUCCGAAUCAGAGAAACAGCUGCGGCAUGAGAAACAUUAUCGGUAUGUUAGUACCCAUGAUGUCGGAUAUUGGGCACGCAGCUUUUUGCAGGAUCUUGAAAGGACGUGUCAGGACCACGUAAGGAGGAGGUGCUGGGGCAUCGGUUUCGGCUUAGGAUUCAGGGUCAUUGCCCUUGAUCCAAACUUCAGGAAGCUGUCGGUUGAGCAUAUAGUUUCUGCUUACAAGAGAUCCAAGAACCGGGCCAUUCUCUUGGAUUACGACGGCACUAUGAUGCCUCAGACAUCCCUCAACAAGACCCCCAAUCCCAACCACAUCAGCAUUUUAAGCAGCUUGUGCAGGGAUCCCAGGAAUGUCGUCCUUCUUGUUAGUGGGAGAGACAAGGAGACUCUAAGUGAGUGGUUUUCGCCUUGUGAGAAGCUUGGAAUUGCAGCUGAGCAUGGCUACUUCAUGAGAUUGAAGCAUGAUGCAGAAUGGGAAACAUGUGUUCCCGUGGUGGAUUUCGACUGGAAACAGAUUGCGGAGCCUGUUAUGAAGCUGUACACUGAAACAACGGAUGGUUCCACGGUAGAGACCAAACAGAGCUCACUCGCCUGGCAUUACCAGUAUGCGGAUCCAGAUUUCGGGUCAUGCCAGGCUAAGGAACUUCUUGAUCACCUCGAAAGUGUUCUUGCCAACGAGCCAGUUUCUGUCAAGAGCGGCCAACACAUUGUAGAAGUCAAGCCACAGGGUGUGAAUAAGGGUCUUGUAGCCGAACGCCUCCUGUCAAUGAUGUGUGAGAGAGGCAUGCUGUCAGAUUUCAUUCUUUGCAUCGGUGAUGACAGGUCGGAUGAGGAUAUGUUCGAAGUAAUUGCCAAUGCCAUGGCGGGUCCUUCUCUGUCCCCCGUGGCGGAAGUAUUUGCUUGCACGGUCGGCCAAAAACCCAGCAAAGCCAAGUAUUACUUGGAAGAUUCGGCAGAGAUUGUGAGAAUGUUGCAAGGCCUCGCAACAGCUUCAGACCAAGCAGCAAGAAAUGCCGCUUCUCAAGCUUCCCAUGAUUAUUAAUCUUGAUCAAAGCAGGUGGAAUGCUUUUCUUCUUCUUUUCACUCUAGCUGUUGUUGUAUUUGGUAAAUGUCCACUUUAGAUGUACAUGUUUUCGACUAUUUGCUGCCACAUCUAGGUGUUUAGAUUAUUCCUUGUGAAGGCUAUCUUUUUUCAAUUUUCAUCUACCCUCGUCUUUUGACUA